ACAGUCAAUAAGCACCGUCACUCGGCCCUCGUCUGUCUGAUAUAAAAGCCUUGUCCCUCUCCUCCUGCAUCUUCUAAUCAAGCGUCGAGUACCUAGGGUUUCUUUAUUCCUUUCUCUACUCAUGGCUGAUGAAUCGCAAUACUCUUCCGGUUCAGACCCCUCUACCGUCGCCUCCAAUAAGCGCAAAUACGAUGACCAAACCCCGCCUGCGUCAACUCGACGGCCUACUGGCUUCUCAUCCCCAGACACCACUCACCCCCCGCCGUCUUACAACAGCGUGCCCCCGCCUACCGAUGAGAUCCAGAUGGCCAAACAGAAAGCUCAGGAAAUAGCCGCUCGCCUGCUUAGUGGUGCCGGUGCUGAUAUUAAGCGUCCUAGGGUGGAGAAUGGUGCUUCUGGAUUCGAUUCCAGUGAUAAGGGUUUUAGCACUGCUCCUAAUGAUAUGAAAUCUCUGUCAAACUCGGCCCCUUCUACAAUUCCUGUUUCAUAUAGCUCGUACCUGGGAGGUUCAAGCAAAAAGAUUGAUAUUCCAAAUGGUAGGGUUGGUGUUAUCAUUGGGAAAGGUGGAGAGACAAUUAAAUAUCUUCAGCUCCAAUCUGGAGCAAAGAUUCAGGUUACUCGAGAUAUGGAUUCUGACCCGAAUUCUCCUACUAGGAUGGUAGAGCUCAUGGGUACUCCUGAGCAAAUUGCAAAGGCAGAACAGUUAAUAAAUGAAGUUCUUGAACAGGCUGAUGCGGGAGGUUCUGGCACUGUUUCCAGAAGGUUUACAGGACAAGGUGGUUCUGAACAUUUUGUGAUGAAAAUUGCUAAUAAUAAGGUUGGUCUGGUAAUUGGUAAAGGUGGUGAAACAAUCAAGAACAUGCAAACUAGGACUGGAGCUCGUAUUCAGGUGAUACCUUUGCAUUUACCCCCGGGUGAUACAUCAACAGAAAGGAAUGUGCAUAUAGAGGGGACUAGUGAACAGAUUGAACUUGCUAAACAGUUGGUUCUUGAAGUUACCAGUGAGAAUCGUGCAAGAAAUCCGUCAAUGGGUGGAGGGUAUCCACAGCAAGGAUAUCAAACAAGACCACAAAGCAGCUGGGGGCAACCUGGAGCUACUCCAAUGCAGCAGCCUGGUUAUGGCUACAUGCAGCCUGGAGCUUACCCUGGUCCACCGCCUCAGUAUAAUACAUCUCAGCCACCUUAUGCAGGAUAUCCUCCCCAACCAUCAUCUGGUGGAUAUCCAACCAACUGGGAUCAGUCGAAUGUCUCUGCCAAUCAGCAGACUGGUCAGGGUUAUGAUUACUAUAAUCAGCCAGCUUCUUCUCAAGCAGCACCAACUCCUGGUGGUUCUGCAGCACCAGCAGAUAAUACUGGUUAUAAUUACAGUCAGCCACCAACUUCUGGUUAUAAUCAGCAGGGACAAAGUUAUGAUGGCUAUGGUGGGUAUGCUCAAUCAGGUUAUGGUCAACCCCCACCAUAUGAUCAACAGCAAGGUUAUACCUCUGCACCCAGUUAUGGUAAUGUAGCCAAUGCUAAUCAGGAAGGACACACUUCCUCCUAUGGGGCCCAAGGAGACUCAGCCCAGGCACCAAGUCAUCCCCCUGCAACAGGUCAGCAAGGUUAUCCUACUGGACAACAGCCUAGCCCAAAUCCAUCAAGCUAUCCACCUCAAGGAUCCACCCAGCCAGGAUAUGCCCAAACUGGUUACGGGAGUCAACCACCAGCUCAACCUGGAUAUGGGACCAAUUAUGGACCUUCUCAAGCACAGAAACCUCCAGCCAAUACCACUGCUUAUGGACAGACACAACAAUCACCCAGCACUCCUGGAGGUUAUAGCCAGCCUACCACUGUGCAGCCUGGAUACUCACAUCCUCAGCCACCACCAUCUGGUUAUACCCAACCAGAUUCAGGUCCAAUUCGUCAGCCACCAUCUGGUUUUGGCGCAUCAAGUGCUCAACCUGCGUAUGGUCCUCCUUAUGGUUCCACAACGGCUGGUCAAUCAGGUUAUGGACAGGGGAUGCCACCUUACAGCACUGCUUAUGUUGGCAGUUAUUCACAGCCUGCAGCGUAUUCUGCUGAUGGCAAUGCUAGCAAUAAAGCUAGCUAUGAUGCAUCGGCAGCAUCACAGCCGGCUAAUCAAAGUGGAGUUUCGAAAACAUCGCCACAAAGUUAAUAUGAUAUUGGAUGGUCGCAUUUUGUUGUUUGAUGGUGUUUUGGGUAUUCAUGCAGUUAGGUGUAGUUCGGUUUUGUAGCGUUAAAAGACCAUUUUUUUUUUCGAAGAGACCUUUAAUUUCUUAUAUAUGUCUUGGGAGUUUUGAUAUUUAAAUGAAUUUUGCUAUUUUUUUUUUGUUUA